CACCAUCUAUGUUGCCACAGCUUCUUCAUUAGGCGAAGGCGCGAAGCCACAAAAGGCUGUCUUUUGCUCUUCCUAUGCUAUUCUUACUGCUGGUGUCGUCGGGUCUUUUUCUUUCUUUUCUUGCCCGAAAAGAAUUUUUUUUGCGCAUGAGAUCAAACCGAUUUUCUUUGAAAUUUCAGUGGCUAAGUCGCUGAUAGUGGGGAUUGAUUCUUUUCGCGAUAAACAUUUCGUUUUGAGCUCUAUAAUGAGCCGAUCAAUCGAGCUGCCGCCGCUGCCCCCCUAUUCGUUUCGGAAUUCCAAGAGGACUGUUUAUUCAGGUAGCAAUUCUCAUUUGAUGGACCCUGACGUUGUAGAGAUUCCUCCCCCAAUUCAUCGGCCUUCAAAGCUUCUGAAACAGAAGGUAGAAACGGCUAUUAUUGGUGAUGUGAUUGACAUUGACAAUGAUGAGGACUCUGCUGAUUUAGUGUUUAUUGGUGAAAAAGUUGGUGGAAGCAACAAGGGAAAGGAAAUGUCCGAUGAUAUUUAUUCCCCCCCUACUUUGGAACAAUUCGGACAAGCUAGUGGGCUUGAGUCCUCCAGUGGUUAUGCAUCAGUAUCACAUAACGUAAUCAAUGUUGAUGGUCACAAUUCUGAUCUAUCAAAUGAUGAAGAUGACUACAACGAUCAUUUUGCAGAAGAAUUCAUGGAUGUUGAUGAGUAUGCAAUGUUACAAGCACACUUUGACAAUGUGGAUAUACCUGCUGGAAUUGAGGCACCCAUUCCUUGGAUGUCAAAUUUUGAUCUAGAUCUGAAGAAAUCUGAAAGUAGUUCUUGA